AAAGGGCGUCAGUUUGAUAAAGUCUCGUUUUUGUCUCGCGAGAGGCAGACUUUUAAACCUCGGUGUUUUGCUGCUACAAACCAACUCAGCACGGUCCUAUGUGCGUGGCGUUUAAACGUCUGUCCGCAGUCAGCCGUCUGUUUGUCCACGACUCGAAUCAAGUCAGCCUGCGAGUGCUUUACCCAAAUUUGUCAAUGUCGUCUGAAGUCCAGGAACCAGACAGCUCCGGCACAAUUAAGUGCGCAGAAGACAAAUGGAGGCUGCACUAUGUCACCGGGAACUUGUUCCGCUGCCCCGGAGACGAGGCUCUGGCUCACUGCAUCAGUGAGGACUGCCGCAUGGGGGCAGGCAUAGCGGUGCAGUUCAAGCAGAAGUUCAAAGGCGUGCAGGAGUUAAAGGAACAGAAAAAGCUGACAGGACAGUGUGCUGUACUAAAGAGAGACAAACGCUUCGUCUACUACCUGAUCACAAAGAAAAAGUAUAACCAUAAACCCACCUAUGAUAGCCUGACACGGAGCCUGGAGGACAUGAGGUCCCACUGCGUAGAGAACGGAGUGACAAGAAUAUCGAUGCCUCGUAUCGGCUGUGGCCUAGACCGACUGGACUGGACGAGAGUGUCGGAGAUACUGAAGGAGGUCUUCAAGCACACUGACAUCUCCAUCACAGUCUACAGCAUACCUCAGAGAGCAGAGACCACAGUGAUGAAGGAAGGCAUGCACAGAUGACUGAUGCAAAAGUUUCUUUGUUGCCAUCACAUUUAUGCACUUUAUGUCUUAUUCCCACGGUGUUUGGCCAAAAUGAUCCUCUUUUCCAGUGUGAAACUGUUAUCGAUUGAAUGGAAAUAAAUGUCUUGUUUGUUUUUGCAAAUCA